UGGUGCUCAGUAAGUAGCAGUGACAACACAUAAUAGUGUUCAGCUGCCUACCUAACCGAAUAUUUACUGCACAGUCAGUGUGUUACCUCAUGCUUUUUAACAAUGGCUAAAGACUGUGGCUCACGCUUAUCAGUAAGCGGACUUUAAACUGACAUUUUCAUAAAGGAGGUUUGGCGUUGUAGCCAUAAAAGACAACGGUAUGUACCAGGCCGACGCUACACGGGGAAUGAUUGGUAGCCGUGUGCCCGGUACUGCAGGUGAGCAGAGCGUGAGUCGACUGCCAGCAGAUAUCAUGGGUUUGCACUCAGCCCAGAAGAAGCACUUUCCCCUGCGGGGGAUCGACGGCGUGGUUCAGCUGUUUGACGCCGAGCUCCACAAGUCUGAGCCAGAUCUGGCCCUUCUCUCCCUGGUCCUGGGUUUUGUUGAGCACUUCCUAGCUGUGAACAGGGUCAUCCCCAUGAACGUUCCAGGGGUCCGCUUUGAACCACUGGAGCCAGACUGUCCCAACUCCUGCUUCCCCACGGUGGAGCUGGGUAUGAUUUCUGCACUGUACGAGCGCUUCACAGCACAGAUUCGCGGCGCGGUGGACCUGUCCCAGUACCGUAGGACUGCUGCAGGCUCCAGCAGGGAGCUGGUGAAGAAGGUGUCAGACGUGAUCUGGAACAGUCUGAGCCGCUCUUACUUCAAGGACCGGGCCCACAUCCAGUCCCUCUUCAGUCUCAUCACUGGAACCAAACUGGACAGCUCAGGUGUUGCAUUUGCUGUGGUGGCAGCUUGCCAGGUUCUUGGUCUGAAGGACGUCCACCUGGCGCUAUCUGAGGACCACGCCUGGGUGAUUUUCAGCAAAAACGGUGAAGAGACGGCUGAGGUCACCUGGCAUGGAAAGGGUAACGAGGACCGACGAGGCCAAACAGUCACAGCAGGAGUCAGUGAGAAGAGCUGGCUGUACCUGAAGGGCUCCUACAUGAAAUGUGACAGAAACAUGGAGGUGGCCUUCAUGGUUUGCGCCAUCAACCCGUCACUGGACCUGCACACCGAUAGCUCCGAGCUCCUGCAGCUGCAACAGAAACUCCUUUGGCUGCUGUAUGAUCGAGGCGACCUGGACAGGUAUCCUAUGGCCAUGGGCACUCUAGCAGACCUUGAAGAUCAGGAUCCAAUCCCAGGCAAGGAGAGCCCCCUGCAAAUCCACCUCAAGGCUGUGAGUUCUGCUCAGAAGUACUACAACAACGAGCACAUCUACCCCUACAUGUAUCUGGCUGGUUUCCAUUACAGACACAGGGAUGUGCGAGAGGCUCUCAAGGCCUGGGCGGAGGCAGCGCAGGUCAUGCAAGAUUAUAACUAUUUCCGAGAGGACGAGGAGAUCUACAAGGAGUUCUUUGACAUUGCAAACGAUGUGAUCCCCACUCUGCUGAAGGAGACAGCUGCUGCUGCAGAGAGUGCUGCCGAGGGAAUGGAGGGAGGAGAGGGAGCUGACAAGGAGCAGCCCAAGCAGACAGCGGCCCUCUCAGCACUUCAGGACCCAGAAUGCUUUGCCCACCUGCUGUGUUUCUAUGAUGGCAUCUGCAAAUGGGAGGAGGGCAGUCCCACGCCAGUCCUUCAUGUGGGCUGGGCCACCUACCUGGUCCAGUCUCUGAGCCGCUUUGAUGCUCAGGUGCGUCAGAAGGUGACGAUCAUCACCAAAGAGCCAGAGUCCCAGGAUGAUGACGACCUGUCCAGCGAGGACCCCAGGGAGGGCCGCAGACGGGGCCCCAGGAGAGAGUCCAAGCUGGAUGAGCAGAGCUCUCCUCCUGCUGUUGCUCCCACCUCCCCCUCCUCCCAGCCUGCUGCUCCUGCUGCAGCCCAGCCCAAGAAGGUGGGAGAGGGCCGCCGACGCUCCUCGCAGGGCUUGCGGAGCACAGACGCAGAAGGAAAACCCAAGUCCCCCAGCCCAGACUCUUCCCCCUCAUCUCAGCAGCAGGCGUCCCCCUCCCCAGCCGGCCCUGUGGUUGUCUUCCAGAGCGAAAAGAUGAAGGGCAUGAAGGAGCUGCUGUGUGCAGCCAAGGUGAACUCCAGCGCCAUCAAGCUGCAGCUCACCGCUCAGUCGCAGGUCCAGAUGAAGAGGCAGAAGAGCACACCGGCCGGGGACUACUCCAUGUCCUUCAUGAAACGCCAGCGGAAGUCCCUCUAGACCUGCUGAUUGUUGGAGGAGUGAGGACUCUGUAGGACAUACUGUGAACAGCAGCACGACCCCCGGUCACCUCACUUUUGUUUGUGAAACUUUUUACCAGUGUUUUCAUCCAGAGGUCCAGUUCAGUCAAACUUCUCAUCGCUCCCAGCAAUAUAUCUGACCUGCACACUUGAGUUUAGGGAUAGUUCAGAUUUUUGUGUGAAAGUGUGAUUGUAUGAGGUUCUUAUUCAUAGACAGUAGGCGGGUUUCCAUUAUACCUCAAACUGAAAUUGUGAAUUUAAAAUAAGCCUGAUGGAAACACGUCCGUUUCGAAGAAACUCACAUUUAUUGCAGAAAAAGUUUUCAUGCCCACAUGAGGUGGUAUUUCAGGCGAUUUGACAACGCCAUAUUUUGCAGAAUUGCAAUGGAAACACUUCUUUGUCUUUUCUAGGUCACAUGAUGCUAUGGCUAUGUGCUUGUCAGUAGGAACUGGCUCCCUCAUGAUGCAGCAGGAGCUACAAGCAGAACUCUUCAAAAACUGAGCAGAUUAUCUGGAAGUUUUGAUUCCACGAUUCCUCUGUUAAAUCGUGGACUCUCACCUCCCAGAAAUCCCUCAUACGUGUCCGCUCCCACGUAUAAGGGGCUCGCCUUUC